CCAGCCCCUGGGCGCGGCCUGCAGGGGGCAGACGAUCUCCGGGGGAAGCGGGGCAGGACGAGGCCCGAGCCGGUCCCGCUCCGCAGCCGCCGGGAGCCGCAGCUGCGCCUCCGCCCUGCGCGCCCUGCUCUGUCCGCGGACCCCGCGCUGCGCUCCGCCGCCGAUAUGUGUGCCGCCCAGAUGUCGCCGCUGGCGCACGUCUUCCGAGGGACUUUCGUCCACUCCACCUGGACCUGCCCCAUGGAGGUGCUUCGGGAUCACCUGCUAGGCGUGAGCGACAGCGGCAAAAUAGUGUUUAUAGAAGAGGCAUCUCAACAAGAAAAACUGGCCAAAGAAUGGUGCUUCAAGCCAUGUGAAAUAAGAGAAUUGAGCCAUCAUGAGUUCUUCAUGCCUGGGCUGGUUGAUACACACAUCCAUGCUCCUCAGUAUUUCUUUGCAGGAAGCAAUGUAGAUCUGCAGCUUUUGGAUUGGUUGACCAAAUACACAUUUCCUACAGAACGCAGGUUCCAGAACCUUGACUUCGCUGAAGAAGUAUAUACCAGAGUCGUUAGGAGAACACUGAAGAAUGGAACAACUACAGCUUGUUACUUUGGAACAAUUCACACUGACUCAUCUCUGCUCCUUGCAGAAAUUACAGAUAAAUUUGGGCAGCGGGCAUUUGUGGGCAAAGUCUGCAUGGAUUUGAACGAUACUGUUCAAGACUACAAGGAGACCACUGAGGAAUCAAUCAAGGAAACAGAACGAUUUGUGUCAGAAAUGCUUCAAAGGAAUUAUCCUAGAGUGAAGCCCAUAGUGACACCACGUUUUUCUCUUUCCUGCUCUGAGACUUUGAUGAGUGAACUUGGUAAUAUCGCUAUGACCCAUGAUUUGCAUAUUCAGAGCCAUAUAAGUGAAAAUCGUGAUGAAGUUGAAGCUGUGAAAAACUUAUACCCCAGUUAUAAAAGCUACACAGAUGUCUACGAUAAAAACAAUCUUCUGACAAAUAAGACAGUGAUGGCGCACGGCUGCUACCUUUCUGCAGAAGAACUCAAUACAUUCAGUGAACGAGGAGCAUCCAUCUCACAUUGUCCUAAUUCUAAUUUAUCGCUGAGCAGUGGCUUUCUGAAUGUGCUUGAAGUCCUGAAACAUGAGGUGAAGAUAGGUCUGGGGACAGAUGUGGCUGGUGGUUAUUCAUAUUCAAUGCUUGAUGCAAUCAGAAGAGCAGUGAUGGUUUCCAAUAUCCUUUUAAUUAAUAAGGUAAAUGAGAAAAGCCUCACCAUCAAAGAAGUCUUCAGACUAGCCACUCUUGGAGGAAGCCAAGCCCUGGGGCUGGAUAGUGAGAUUGGAAACUUUGAAGUGGGCAAGGAAUUUGAUGCCCUUCUGAUCAACCCCAAAGCAUCUGACUCUCCCAUUGACCUAUUUUAUGGCGAUUUUGUUGGUGAUAUUUCUGAGGCUGUUAUCCAGAAAUUCCUCUAUCUAGGAGAUGAUCGAAAUAUUGAAGAGAUUUAUGUGGGUGGAAAGCAGGUGGUUCCAUUUUCCAGCUCAGUGUAAGACCCUUGGGCAUCUAUGAAGUUCUCCUGGGGCAACAUGGUUCUCAUCUCCCUUGUGCCCAGGCACAGUUCGAAAGUCAAAAAUAGUACCAUGUUCUUUGGAUGGCUGUCUCUUUCUGUGUCUAGUUACAGUAUUCACUUGGUAAAUUGUUUGAAGGAAGUGCACUAAUUUUCAACUCUAGUUGGGAGAUUUCAUAAUUUCAUGAAAAUCUGUUUUUGAGUUGUUCAGAUUUACUACAAGAUUAAGCACAUGGGAAUGUUGUUUCUGGUGGAGUGCUUAUUGUGAGAUUGAAGUAAAAUCUUUUUCACAUAGGGAGAUGUAGAAAGAAAAGAUAUUUCUAUACAGUUAGACAUUUUAAGUUAAUAAGUGUGAAACUUAGGGAACCAAAUAUGAACCAGUAAGUAUAUUUUUAUGAGGGAGCAGAAGUUAGACUGUGAACAAUUGUUGGAAAAUCACUUCAGAUUGUUUUGUAAAUUGUAUACUGAGCAUACUAAUUUAAAAUGAGAAUUUACUAAAUAUAAAAGUGUGUUUCUAGAUUGACCUUGUGUUUUGGAAAUUUGCACUUAAUCAGAGAUGUGUUAUUGUUAUGCGUUGCCUUCUUUUGGGAUGAAUGUCAGAAAUUGAAUGCCACACUUUUUUUUAAAGUAUAGUUCUGUGCUUUAAAGUGUUUGAAAGGAGUAUUAAAGAUUUAAUGUCUCUUAGAAAUAUUACUCAUGGUAUAAAUAGUUGUAAUUUUGUGUACUUUAAAAUUGUCUUAAUUUAUAACUGUGAUGUUAUAAUUGCUUCCAUUUUAUUAGAAGAGAAACAAUCCCAGUGACCAUUGUGUAUAUUGCAGUCUUCAUAAACUGUGGCAAAUACUGGGUGUCGUAUAAGUGCGGUUACUAACAGGACAUGUUCCUUUGCAAUGGCCUAUUUUACACAACACUAUGCCAUAGUUGCUGGAAGUUUUGUACACACAUAUCAAUCUGCUAGAACUUUAAAAUGGGAGACAAAUCCUAUUAAAAAUAUUUAAAAAUCUUUAAGCCCUGUAUAUUGAAAACAUUCUAUUCUCCAGUUUUAUCCAAUUAUCUGUUUCAUUCCUAAAAAUUUUUCCAAACAUUAGAACUUUAGGAUAAUGAAAAAUGCAUACA